CCCUCAACGCGGCCCACCACCUACAAUGGAAGUCGAUAUUCCCGAGGAAACCGUUCAGGGAAGCUCCCAAGCAACACAUAGCGCUCGUAUUGUCGUCGUCGAUGAAGCGCAUCCGUUUGAUGUCGAAUCAUACAUCUCAAACUACACCGGGCGAACUGUGAUCGACAGACUUUUGCAUAUAAUCUCGUGUUGUCCAUCGCUUGCGCCAGAAGCGUUCGCACUUGCGGUUCAGCACAUCCACCAAUCGCGUGAUACCUCACAGUAUUCGCGCGUGCUUAGCGUCUACGAGCAAGUCGCGUCCAUUCCCGGUGCCUCAUCGCUACCCGCGGCUUCUGACAUCGCAACCCUGGACACCAAAUGGGCUGAUGAAACAAUCGCAAAGAACUCGGCCGAGAGGUCCAAGCUCGAAGUGGAGUUGAAGACUUACACGAACAAUAUGAUCAAAGAAAGCAUCCGAAUGGGACAUCGCGAUCUGGGGGACUUUUAUCGCUCUGUAGGCGAAUACCCAACAGCGUUGAAGCAUUACACCAAAUCUCGUGAAUUUUGCACAACGAGUCAGCAUGUUCUCGAGAUGUGUCUCUCGGUCCUCGAGCUUCUGAUCGAACAGCGGAACUGGUCGCAUCUGCCGACGUACGUGUUUAAAGCCGACGCUGCGCUCGACGCGGCAUCUGCAGCCGCGGCCAACAGGGACGGAGAUCCUGCUCCAGCACCAUCAUCCGGACCACAAACGCUGCUCAACGUGAAGCGCAAGCCGGUGUCGGAGGAACGGGAACGGGUCCAGUCCAAACUUGACUUCGCAUCUGCGCUCUCCCAUCUUGCGACCUCAAACUACCAGAAAGCAGCUCAUCUCUUUGUGAAACUAGGGCCGGCUAAGGAUUUUGGUGAUUGGAUGGGCAAGCUGGUCGCUCCUGGAGACAUUGCUAUCUAUGGUGUACUCUGUGCACUGGCGACACUGCCUCGCUCCGCUCUCAAGUCACAGAUAUUAGAGAACUCGACAUUCGGGGUUUAUAUUGAACAAGAGCCAUACGUUCGCGAAUUGGUCGAGGCAUAUCUCAGCAGCAACUUCAAGACCGUAUUAGAGCUCUUGAACCGGUAUUCUGCCCGCCAUGCACUGGACCUAUAUCUCAUGCCCCACAUCGCUGAUCUGAGCAACAUGAUCCGGAAUUGGGCGGUGGUGCUGUACUUCCAACCGUUUGCAUCCAUUCGACUGGAUCGUAUGAGUGGAGCAUUUGGAUGGACAGUGGAGGAAGUCGAAGAGCAGGUGGUGUUGCUCAUCCAGUCUGGGUCCAUCCAAGGGCGUGUUGACCGGCAGAACAAGGUCCUCUUUGCUAAACAAACGGAUUAUCGGGCGGAUCUGUUCGCCCGAGCCAUCAAAGCCGGCCGCGACAUACAGGCUACCAAUCGUAAAAUUCUAUUGCGGAUGCGAUUACAGCAAGCGGAUUUGGCAAUCAAAGCUCCCAAAGGAUUCCCAAGCACAGCAUCGGAACUCCUCGCUGAAUGAAGAUUCAGAAUUCAAUUGUACUUCUACUUGGCAUUCUCAUGUUUCUUGACGAUCUUGCUGUGCUACAAAUCUCAUGCAAUUCUGGUGCAUCCCAGACUCGGUUAUCCACA